AUGGACCCGUUUUGGCAAGGCAUGGGUAUGCCGAUGCCCGCCUCGAACCAUAGCCGCACCAGACCAAAACAGUCCACCAAUACUUACCGCACAACAAAGAAGUUCGAGUCAAGGCCACACAGUUGUCGCGACGUAUGCCAGCACUGCGGAACCACAGCUGGUCCCAGCAAGCCUCCCAAAGUCAACGUGUCACCCCUGAGCAACCCAGAAUCCCAUAUAAACCACAAACGCCAAAACACCCUAGAAGGAACCGACGCCCAAACCGGGCAAAACUUCUACGAUUUCCUAAAGCACGCCCAUGAAACACACUACGCCAAACAAAAAGCCGCAUUCGCGCAAUCGCUCACCGAUAUCAAAGCCCAGCACGAGAACAUGCGGGUCAACGAAGAAUGUUCCACGGUGGCGUCGUGGCUUCGGUUGGGGAAGAAGCGGUUUGCGCUGUGGAUGGAGAUGCGGCGGGCGACGGAGCAGCACAGGAGGGCUUUGAGGGGGUUGGGUAAUGAUUUGAAAACGAGGCGGGAGGGGGCGCUUUUGCCGGGUGGGUUUUUGGAUUCUUGA